CCGCAGCGAGGUUUCAGUUGGAGCCUGCGCCCCAACAGCUCACGGGCCUCGCGAGAGCGGGAGGAGGUUUGCGCCUGUGGUCCGCUCCCCGGGAGACCCCGGGUUGGCUCGGCCACUGCGGGAAUGCAUGUGAAUUACAGUGGUUCAGACCUGUGCGAUCCGUGGCCGCGUCCUGACCCCGGAUACCUAUCAGAAAGCUGAGCCCAAAUACGUCCAGGACCAUCCAGGGCUUGGGCGUCCGGUAUACCCAAGUGAGCUUGGGGUGCCAGUUUCGUGUGGUGGAAGAACGUUCGGCAGGGACUCAGGAGCCCAGGGUUCUAAAACUAAGCCUGGAAUAUCGACACACAUUGUGGGCCCUUAGACUUCACCGUUCUGAGCUUGAGCCUCUUCGUCUGUAAAACAAGGGAGACAAAUGAAAACAAGACCUGGAGAAGCCCUUAUUGAUUGUUUAGAUUCAAUUGAAGACACCAAAGGAAAUAAUGGGGAUAGAGGGAGACUCUUAGUAACAAAUUUAAGAAUUAUCUGGCACUCUUUGGCAUUACCCAGAGUCAAUCUUUCUAUCGGUUACAACUGCAUAUUGAACAUUACAACAAGGACUGCUAACUCUAAAUUACGAGGCCAAAGUGAAGCUCUUUAUAUACUAACAAAAUGUAACAGUACUCGUUUUGAGUUUAUAUUUACAAAUCUGGUUCCUGGAAGUCCUAGACUUUUUACUUCUGUGAUUGCAGUACACAGAGCAUAUGAAACUUCUAAAAUGUAUCGUGAUUUUAAACUGAGAAGUGCACUAAUUCAAAACAAGCAACUAAGAUUAUUACCACAAGAACAUGUAUAUGAUAAAAUCAAUGGAGUAUGGAAUUUAUCCAGUGAUCAGGGAAAUUUAGGAACCUUUUUUAUUACCAAUGUGAGAAUUGUGUGGCAUGCAAAUAUGAAUGACAGUUUUAACGUCAGCAUACCAUAUCUGCAAAUUCGUUCAAUAAAGAUUAGAGAUUCAAAAUUUGGUUUAGCUCUUGUCAUAGAAAGCUCUCAGCAGAGUGGAGGAUAUGUUCUUGGCUUUAAAAUAGAUCCUGUGGAAAAACUACAAGAAUCAGUUAAGGAAAUCAAUUCACUUCACAAAGUCUAUUCUGCCAGUCCUAUAUUUGGAGUGGAUUAUGAGAUGGAAGAAAAGCCACAGCCCCUUGAAGCUCUGACAGUUGAACAGAUUCAAGAUGAUGUAGAAAUAGACUCUGAUGAUCACACGGACGCUUUUGUGGCUUAUUUUGCUGAUGGCAAUAAGCAACAAGAUCGUGAACCUGUAUUUUCAGAAGAACUGGGGCUUGCAAUAGAGAAAUUGAAGGAUGGAUUCACCCUACAGGGACUUUGGGAAGUGAUGAGUUGAUCUUGAGUUGAGCUGGAUUUCUAUUUAAAGAUAUCUCAAGAUUAAAGAUACUAGUCGCCUGCUAUAAGGCAUGGAAUAGUUUUUACAUUUACAGAAAAAGCUUUUAAGAAAGAGGGGUUUUUUUUAAUGAUUAAGGAAAAACUCAUUUAUCUAAGAUUUUAUUGCCUCUCUUCUAAAAAUUAUAUUUAAAAUUGUAAUCAUCACAUAUCUGGUUUGUAAAUAUGUUUAUUUUUUAUCUAAUGCUUGUAAAUUAUUAGUCUGCAGAUAUUAAAAGACUGUAUCUUGUUGGGUUAAUAAAGAACUUAUGCAGCACCA